AAAAAAUAGAUUUAUCAGAGAUUUUUUGCUUGUUCAUCAUACAUUUUCCUCCGCGCGGUGGACUCCUGAUUUCUUUGUUCUUUUGGCACGUUUGGCCGUCCUGCAGAUGUAAACAAGGACCAAAGCAAAAGAGUAAGUACGUAAAACGAAGUCAACUUUAGUUAUUAGCUUCCUCAUUUCACUAGGUCCCUUGUGCUCCUUGAGCCUUUAUUCCGUUUUGCAUUCGAACUCUACGAAACAUCAGUCCACCGCAGAAAAAAUGAUGUCCUCCGAUGCGCGGGUUGUCGUGCCUGCUACUUCCAACACUGGGCGGGAGCAAGAUCUUGUGAGUGACGUCAACAAUGCCACUAUCCUAUGUGAAAUCGUUCCCACAAGGUCCCGGCCCGCCAUGUCGGGGCACUGAAAUGAACAAUUAUGAUCCACGAGUUCGGUUUGGCAGUAAUAAUUGCAGGAGCGUGCUGUCCCCUGUUGAUGCGUCACCACCUGCUGGCGAGGAACGGGGCAUGAUUUUUCUAUGAUGUUCAUGUUUCUUGAGCUCAGCAUCAAAUUGUCCUGAGUAGUUCAUCAUUGUAUCGAAUUGAAUUCCUGAUGCAUGUCCGGCGCUAAAAAUUUUGUACUCUGUAAUAUGAGAAUUAUUCCUCGCGGCCGCCCGAGGUUGUCAUUUUCUUUUCCCACGGAAUCCGAGCGACAAAUUUCUGGAUUCGUGUGCCAGGACAGGAGCGGACAGCACCUGGACCUUAGGGUCGUGCUGGAGCACGACGGAGGACCCUGUGGGAAGGGUUUCCUUUCUCGGGUGCCAUACGAACAACCUCCGCAGCAAUGACGAUAAAAAGCGGCACGUCUGCUUCCAGCUCCUCCUCCACCCCGGGGGGACCACCGGCGGGAGGUUCGGCGGUGCUGCUCACCACACAGGAGAAGCGGGCACUGGAGGCGAGUGCCAACAUGGUUAGCAUCAUUCGUGCGGUCGAGCAGCUCGAAAAGGCCUUCGUCUCCGGGCUGGUGCUCAGCAAAGAAUACGAGCGUGCCUGCAACGCGUUGUUGUCGCAAUACAAGGUGCAACAAACGGCAUUAAAGGGAGACUACCCGGAAUUCGCAAAAUUCUGGACGGAGCACAAGCUCGACUGCCCACUAGCCAGGGAAAGGCUGCAAAGUAUUUUUUCUAUGUUGCUGACUACAAGAACUGGUCUACUCCUCUUCGCCUUCGGUUGGAAUUUAUUCAUACAGCACUUAGUACACAUAGCAGGAUUAGGAGCGUUCCGGUUCCAGCACCCCCGCGUGCUCGUCACUUUACUACUUCAACUUAUUGAAUUCUUCGAUUUUGGUUGUUCUACUUACGCCACGAUGACGGUCAAGUAAAGACUGAUGUAGUUGUUGGAAUGAUAGAAGAUGAAAUCACACGACGACUGUUCGUUUUGCUUUAUUCACAGCAUACGGAGUGCCGGCGAGUACGCUGUAUAACACGGGAGGGGACCCUGGCGAGGAUGGCAGUGCCCGCACCGGGGACCGCAGCAAUCUUCACGUCUUUGAUGCGUGUCAGUACACCACAACCCUGAUCGACUCCCUCAAAAUGAACAUGCGCGCCGUCGACGAGAUCCUGCCCACACUCAAAGAGACGCUCGGAUCCGUAAACAAAAUCAACGGACUUCCAAAAGUACGCGCUGCAAAUAUUAACACAGAAGGUGGCUGGGCGCUUCGUCGACGCAAGUACGUAUCUGCGUGCUUGCGGUGUAACACACUGAAUAUUAAAGAGAAUGAGUAGAUGUUCGAGUAUGAAAGAGCAAGAACCAUCAUGACAUCUGGAAAACAAAAAGUGCAGCCGCUAAUAGAAAGGUAUUCAUGAUUUUUCGGAUGUCCUCUGACCUAUGUGCGAGUCGGCGUUGGAGUCUCGAUACUCAGUUUCGCAUUUUUCACGUCUCAGCGGCGUCGACGGACGCCAUUUUGGCACAACUUCUUAUCUUUUCAUAUGUAGAGCUGGAGGGCCGCGAGAAGCUCCAACACUGGCUGGUUCGGCUGCACCAGAUGGCGGCCGACGAUGCGCUUUCGGAGUCAGAGGCACGCCAGUUUGCUUUCGACGUCGAACAAUUUUACACUGCGAUACAUUCCUGGCUCAAGGAAAGGCACUGACGAGGUGGUGGAAAUAAAUGUCUGGCUCUAGCAGCAGGAGCUUCUCCAAGGUCGUGGACCGCAACGAAGACGGUGUAUAAUCUUCGUGCGCUCGAGGUUCUUGCGCAACAUCGUGAAGUAGACUAGGCCGAGCGGCACGGUUUCGGUUGAAGGAGGUCUAGUACCAAAAAAGAAGAAAUCGAUACGGUGCAGUCAGCCAGGAAAAAGAACGCAUUCAAGCGGCCAGACCUUCGGCUUCUUCAUCCACUUGUUACUCCCGCCCAGUGUCAGUACUUGCAACAAACAGAAACAUGAUGUAGCGAGAACGGGAUGAACUCCAAUCCACGAUCCGUAGUGCAGGUACUGGAGGACAUGUAUGAAGUGGAGGCUUUCUUUCCCUGUGCUACCAGUGUAGUCGCGAACGCGAUCAAAGAAAAACACGCAAGAAGGAGAAGAACGACCAAGCACCCACCUCCUGAAUUGUCGGCUCGCAAAGCCGAGGAAUUUUUAUACGAUCGAGGUGCAGGAUCUUCAGGAUGUUUCAGAAAAAAAAAUUAAAGGUCACUUCCUCGUUGACCAGCGAGCCUCUGAUGAAUUUCUU